AUGCAAGCAGUCAAACACGAGGGCACGACUGUCGGCGAGAAGGAGGAGAUCGCCGGAAUCCCGUGCUAUGUGUCCUACCCGCCGUCGAAGUCAACUGAAAAGGUCAUCCUGUUUUGCUGUGACGUCUUCGGUCCAUGGUACAAGAACAACCAGCUGCUCAUGGAUUUUUUCGCCACAGGAGGCUACACCGUCGUUGCUCCCGACUAUUUCGGAGGCGAAAAGCUUGAGGAGAUACGUGAGGCUCCUGGAUUUGAUUUCGGUGGCUGGGUCACUCCCCAUCGUGCAAAGGCUGAGUCCUACCUCGACAAGUUCGUUCCGGCGAUGAAGGAGAAGUUCAACGGCAAGGCCUAUGGUGUUGUCGGAUACUGUUUCGGUGGCAAGGAUGUCGUUGAUUCAUUGAAGAAGGGUUGGGCCACUGCUGGUGCCACGUGCCAUCCGGCCUUCAUCACCGAGGAAGCUCUUGGAGGCCUAGACAAAAGAGCCAUAUUCUUCUCUUGUUCUGAGAUUGACCAUACAUUCCCUGCUGAGGGCAGGCACAAGGCGGAAGAGAUCCUGGCGAAGAACAAGAUUCCGUAUCACUUCCAACUUUUCGCAGAUGUGGCGCAUGGAUUUGCGAUCCGUGGUGAUAUGAGCGAUGAGAAUCAGCGCUGGGCGAAGGAGACGAGCGCCUGGUCUCUUCUGAGCUGGUUCGACCGCUGGCUCAAGGUGUGA